AUGAACAGUAACAGGAGAUCUCAAGAUCGAAGGCGAAGUCCGUUCAACCGUACAUCUAAAACGUCAGCGACAACAUGUACAAGGUGUGGCGGUAAACACGAUGAACAACAGAAAUGUCCAGCUAUAGGAGCUACUUGUCAUAAGUGCAAAAAACCUAACCACUACUCGAGAAUGUGCAGGACUAGAACAAAUGAAAAGAACGUUCAUAGUCACGAAGCCGAAGCGAGCACACGAAAUAGCGACAGUGAAAGCAAUGAUAGUUUUUUCAUUGGCGCCAUACACGCCCAAGACGAAAACAAAGAAUGGACGACAUCCCUAAAAGUAAACAGUACAAAUGUUAUGUUCAAAAUCGAUACUGGAGCCGAAUGCAAUGUGAUUUCAAAAAAGACGUAUGAGGAACUUAGUAAAACCCCCUUAGAAAAAUCGCGAACAAAGCUCGGAGCGUUUGGAGGGCAAAAGUUAAAAACAAUUGGAAAAUUUACAACGUUAUGUACAUAUCGUGACAAAUAUUGGCCAAUUGAGUUUCAAGUCGUAAAUCAUGAAGUUCCAAAUAUACUUGGACUUACAACUUGCCUUCAGUUAAAUCUUGUAAAACGAGUGCUAACUAUCGACAAAAAAGAAUGCGUCGAGUCGACGUCCACCGCACCUGAGGAUAUUUUCGAACAGUACAGUGAUGUGUUUACUGGGUUAGGUUGUGUUAAAGGCGUAGUACACCACAUUGAAACUGACCCUACAGUAAAACCGGUAAUUCACCCACCGCGUCGAGUUUCAGCACCCUUGCGACAAAAAGUUAAGGACGAACUGGAUCGUAUGGAAAGUCUCGGAGUAAUAGAGCGAGUUCAACAGCCAACGGAAUGGGUAAAUAGUUUAGUAACUGUCGUAAAACCCAAUGGAAAAAUACGAUUGUGUAUUGACCCGAAAGACUUAAAUCGCGCAAUUAAACGUGAACAGUAUCCUAUGAAAACUAUAGAAGAAGUUAUCUCGCGAAUGCCGAAUGCCAAAUUCUUCUCGAAGCUUGAUGCUACCCAAGGCUACUGGCAAGUACAACUUGAUGACGAAA